AUUUUUGGAAAUUUCAUUGUAAUACAUAAUUUGUUCUGUUUUUUUUCGAAAAAAAGAAAAAGAGAAGCAUCCUUUAGAUUGCACAAAAGAAUUCUUUACUUCCUUUUUCUUUGAUUGUACAAUGAAAUUGAUCUAAAUUUCUUUAAUAUUGAUGAUGAUAAAAGACGGAAAACAAAGACCGAAGACGCACACAUGAGUCAGUCUUAAAAAAGCAAAAUUGCGCAGUACGCAGAAAUUCUGGGAACAAUAAAUAUACUCUUUCUUCGCUAUAAUGUGGAAAAAAAAAGCUAAAAUGGGAGGAAAAAAAGGUCCACUUUUCACUAAAGAGGUCGAUAAUAUUAUUAUAGAGUUAAUGAAGAAAUGUGGGAAUCUACCUAAACCUUAUGUAAAGGUUCGUGAAGCUAUCCCACAAUAUACUUCAAAGCAAAUACGUCAACGUUGGAUCAGUCGACUCGAUCCACGUCUUUGUCGUAAAUAUCUUGAUGAUGAUGAAAAAUCAUUUAUCGUCCAAUGGGUCGAACAUAAUCAAGAACCGAAUGGUACAAUUCAUUGGAAGGAUUUAAUUAAUGAAAUUGAACAUAAAUUUGGAAAUUUGCGCUCCGAAAAUACAAUUAAAAAUUUUUGGAACCAAAGGAAAAGAAGGAUUUUUAGAGAUAUAUAUUUAAAUACAUAUAAUAAUUCUAUAAUUUUAUUAUAAUCAAUUUUAUUAUUUUUUUUAUGUGAAAUGAUUCCUAGCGAAAAAAUGAAAUAGUUAUGAUGGAAAAACUAAUCUUUUUUUUACGACUGGUGGAAAUAUGAAUUUUAUACAUGGUCAUCCGGCAUUUAGAUAAUAACAGCCUAAAUGAUGAGGUUACGUUAUUGAUUGGUUAAGGAAAACGAUAUAUUUUAUUUAUUUUAAUAGUAUUUAAAUUAAAAAUAUGUGAUAAUACGCGUUAUGUUCUAAAAUACUUCAUAGUGUAUAGUUAAAAUCAUUUUACAAAAUACCAAAAUAUUUUUUAAAGCUUAUAAAUUUUAUAUCCCAAAUGUAUGCGAAAUAAAAAUU